UAGCAUGAAAUACAAAAAAAGAAUGUAAACAAAAAUAAAAUAUUAGUUAAGCAAUUGUCGAAAAAAAACGCUUCUGCACUGAAAAGCGAAUAGUUUAAAGCCAAGCUAAGUAAAUUCUGAUAACUUCUAGCAUUCUUUGCAUGCAUUUGAAAUGUGUAGCCAAAUUCUGGGAUAAUUUGAAACAAAACAAAAACAAUUUUAACUGUAAGCAUUUUUGGCAAGGAAGCAAAUAAUAAUAAAUAAUAAAAUUUAAUUCUAAAAAAUAAAAAACAAAUCUCAAAACACAUUUAAAAGACAUAAAGCAAGAAUCUGAAACAGGCGCAUUCAAAAACCACAUAAAGCUGAUUAAUGGGGCGGUAUGAAAACUGAUUAACAAUUAUAAACAGCAAAUAAUAAUAAUAAUAAUAAUAAAAGAAGAAAAGAAAAAAAAAACAAGCAAAACAAAAAAAAAUAAAACCGCAAGGCGUUUCAAUGGGGCCAGCCAAAGGACAUCCAACUCAUGCAAACACACACACGCACACAUCUCGCUCAUGAAUUCAUACACACACAUAACACACACUCAUACGCAGGCAAUUCAUGGUGUUGGCAGCAUUUAAGUUUCAUAUCGCAUAUAGCAUAAGAGGUUUAGCAUAAUGCUUUAAGGCUUGAAGCGCAUACAAACAUAACAAGCGCGCAGCAUGGAACGACGUGGACGAAUUCCGGUGGCCAAGUUUCGCACCCAGGAGGCUAAGACGCGCAGUCGCAGUCGUGUGAGCGAGCCGGACUACAAUAAUCAGGACCCGGAGCAUGAUAUGUUUACGCUGCUGGAGGACAACAUAGCGCUAAGGGAGGAGAACAAGGCGCUAAAACUGGAGAUCGAAUCACAUAAAACCACGCAGGAGGAGCAGCAGGCGCAGCACGAGAAGCUGUGCGCUCAGCUGGAGCUGCUGCAGCAGCAGCAGAGCAAAUUUGAGUCAGACAUCAAGGAUCUCACCGGCAAGUUCAAUAAAACGCUCAACGAGCGCAAUGCCCUCGACAAACUGCACAAAAUGAAGGUCGAUCAGAUACACAAUCUCACCAGUGAGCUGGAGCACAUGCGCGAGAAGCAGCUGGGACCGUCGAGCGGGGCUCCGCUAGUCGGCUCCGUAGAGCUAAAACGUAAUCUGCUCAAGAUUCUACAACAGGACAGCACAGACAGCGGCGAGGUUGGCAACGAGCUGGACAGCCUGAUCGAUGUUGAUGGCAAUCUGGAUGUGCCCAUUACCAACAGCCUAGUGGAGCGUCUCGUCUCGGAAUUCCUCACGCUCAAACAUGCCACCAACGCCGUGGAGCUGCAGCUGUACGAGGCCAAUGAGAAAAUAGCCGAGCUAGUCGAGCACCAACAUUUGCUGGAGGAGGAGAACGAAACGCUGCGCACCGAGAACGGCAAUCUAACCAAGGUGGCCAAACUGUUGACCGACAACAUGAAGGAAAGCGUGGAGACCAGCCAGAAAAUGGAGGCGGCUUUGAUAAGGCUGAAGCAGCGGAACGAUGAGCUGACCGCCAAAAUACGCGACCAGCCGGACGGCCAGCCGCAGGCGACGCCAUCGCCGACGACGAUGCAAUCGCAGGUGGAGUUCGAGGAGAUAACGGAUCAGGUGCAGCACCAGGCGCGCGAGCACAACGAGCGCAUUGUGGAAAUGCAAAGUCUUAUGGAUGCGGCUAUUGCAAAAACUACUAACGAUGAACUAAAAAAAUUACAACUUAAGUUGGAAAUACUCGAGGAGCAGCUGCGUCAGGCGCUAACACGCGCCGAUCUCGCCGAGGAGCAAUUGGUGCGCUACCAGCAAGCGGAACCAGCUGCAACAGCAACAGCAACAGUUGCAGCGGCGCCAGCGUCACGUCCACCCCCGCCGCCGCCGCCGCCGCCACCUCCACCCAUGCCUGCCAAGGUGCUUUACAGGGUUGCAGCUGGCGGGGAUGGAGACGCGGGCAGCUUUAGCCAGCACAUUGCUGCGCACAGUUUGCACAAGGGCCUGGGCGAGAAGAUAAUCGACAACGUCAAGCAACAGGUACAGGCGCAGGCGGCAACAGGUCUUGACGCUAUAGUGCGUGAAUUUAAAUCUGGACGCGUCACGUUGCGUCGGAAUCGUCGCAAAACUGGCACCAGCGAAGCUCUCAAGGAGAUGUUCCAAGUACUCGAGAUAAGUCAGAAGCAGAAUCGCAACUCGAAGAUAUGCGUCGAUCUGAAUACAACAAUAUAAGUUUCUUAUCCUACUUUGGUCUCAAAUCGAAAGCCUAUGCUCUCUGCUUCAACAUCGAAACAUUCCGUGCAUUUUAAUAUUUAUACGUAAUCCCUCCUAUUUAAUACACUAAUUUUGCCUUUGUGUGCGCCUUUCUUUUGAAGGAGAAAACAAGCCAUUUUUAAACUAAUUUAUAUAAUAUCCCUAUGUGAAAUUAACUAACAUGUAUUUGAUUUUGACUUCUAACAAUGUGUUCAUGUUACUCAUUAAUAUUAUUAUUUAUGCUUUAUUAUACAAUCGAAACCCAACG